AUGCCCCCAAAGCUCAAAGACCCGGGAAGUUUUUCUAUCCCAUGCGCUAUACAAACCCUUGAGAUUGGGAAUGCUCUUUGUGACUUGGGUGCUAGUGUUAGUUUAAUGCCUUAUUCGGUUUUCGCCAAGCUUGAAGUUGGUGAUCUUGUCCCCACCAACAUUACAUUGCAACUUGCUGAACAUUCGGUCAAAUACCCUAUUGGCAAGGUUGAGGAUGUACCCUUGAGAGUUGGUAGAUUUUUUAUCCCCGUCGACUUUGUGGUGCUAGAUAUAGAUGAGGACGUGCAUGUCCCUAUUAUUCUUGGUCGGCCAUUCUUGGCCACGGCGGGGGCCAUUAUUGAUGUUAAGCAAGGGAAAAUCACUUUGAAGGUUGGGAAGGAUAGUUUGUUUUUUGACUUGAAUAAAGCCAUGAGUUAUCCUAGUUCUACUAAUGAGAAAUGUUUCUUGGUUGACUCUUUUGAUCCCAUAGUGCAUGACAUGCAUGAGCAUUUGCUCGCUACUAACGAUCCGCUUGAGCUUGCUCUUUUGAGUAGAGAAGGCUUAGGAGAUAUAGGGGUUGAAGCGGCCAACUACAAGGAGCUAUUGGAUUCCACCUCACCUUGUGCUCAAUCGGAGUAA